GGGGAAGGGGCGGGCGAGCGGCCGAGAGCGCCAGGCGAGGGGCAGCCGGAGACUCAGUCGGAGAGGAGAGCCCCCUCCUCCGCGGAGCUCCGGCUUUGCUCGCUCUCCCGCCCCUCUUUUUCGCCCCCUCCCUGGCUCCGCCUGGGAAAGUGGGUUAGGAAGGGAGGCGAGCGCUUAGAGACUGCUCAGCCGCUCGCCCGAGCAGGAGCAGGAGCAUCCCCACUCGCACGCCCCGGAGCAGCAGCAGCAGCAGUAGGAGGCGGCGGCGGCGGCGGCGGCGGCAGGGAAAGUGGCAGCCCCUCGCCUUAGGGGGCCCUCCCGCUCGCUCCUUUCGGAGCUCUUCCGGACCGCUCGCCUGGGUUGUUUUCGCUUCUGUGUGCGUGUGUUUUUUUAAAUUGCCCAAGCCCCGGCGUCCGUCUCCGGGCUGGCUUUCGGGGCGACUCCUGGCCGGCUUCUCCCGGGUCCGUCUCGCUCCGGGUUGCUUUGAGGGGCACUUUUUGGUGAUCAAGGAGAAAAGGGAACACGGGACUUUCCAUUCAGAUCUCGAGAAAGGAGUCGCAAGGGAAACGCCGCCAAAAAGAAAAGGCACGGAGGACUGGGCAGAGCAGGAAACCGAGAGCUCUCACGACCGCUUUUUUUUUUUUUUUUUUGGACUCCGAAGGCAGAGUUGUGCAUUGCCCCCCUCGCCCCCUGAUCGCUUUCCGGAUAACCCCUCUCUCCUGCCCCCGGUUCCCUCGCCUCCUCCCGGGGUGGAAAUCCAUCUGCCUGCACGCCCCGAGCGCCAAAGACGAGCCCCCCCAGUUUGCAUCUCCAGCCAUGGUGGGAAGGGCUCAGCCCGAUCGGAGGCAAUUCCCGCUGGUCCUACUGAGAUUGCUCUGCCUUCUCCCUACAGGGCUGCCGGUCCGCAGCGUGGAUUAUAAUCGAGGCACCGACAACAUCACGGUGAGGCAGGGGGACACGGCCAUCCUCAGGUGUUUUAUAGAAGACAAAAGCUCCAAGGUAGCCUGGUUAAAUCGCUCAGGCAUAAUUUUUGCUGGCCAAGACAAGUGGUCCCUGGACCCUCGGGUAGAGCUUGAGAAACGCACACCUCUGGAAUACAGCCUCCGGAUCCAGAAAGUAGAUAUCUACGAUGAGGGAUCAUACACAUGCUCUGUGCAAACGCUUCAUCAUCCCAAGACUUCCCAGGUUUAUUUGAUUGUUCAAGUUCCACCAAAGAUCUCCAAUAUCUCUUCAGAUAUCACUGUGAAUGAAGGCAGUAAUGUGACCCUGGUAUGUAUGGCAAAUGGACGCCCCGAACCUGUCAUCACCUGGCGGCACCUUACCCCUACAGCUAGAGAAUUUGAAGGUGAUGAAGAGUUCUUGGAGAUCCUGGGAAUAACGCGAGAGCAAUCAGGCAAAUACGAGUGCAAAGCGGCCAAUGAAGUCGCCACAGCAGAUGUCAAACAAGUCCGAGUCACUGUGAAUUACCCUCCCACCAUCACGGAAUCCAAGGGCAACGAAUCUGCUACAGGACGACAAGUUUCACUCAAGUGUGCUGCCUCUGCUGUGCCUACGCCUGAUUUUGAGUGGUACAGAGAUGACACAAGGAUAAAUAAUGCCAAUGGUCUGGAGAUCAGAAGCACAGGGAGCCAGUCCUACCUGACGGUGGCCAAUGUUACUGAAGAACAUUAUGGCAACUACACUUGCGUGGCUACCAACAAAUUGGGAAUCACAAAUGCUAGCAUAAUUCUUUACAAGAAAAUAUUGCCCACACUCCCCAAUCCUUUUUCAGGACCUGGUACAGGGAUGCCAGGCAACGGAUCAAUGCGUCUGGCCGUACCACUGUGGCUGUUGGCAGCCUGCCUGCUCUGCCUCCUCAGCAAAUGUUAAUAACAUCUGAAUUUUAAAAAAGGGAAAAAAAAUUAAAAGCCCAGCAACAACAAGAACAACACACAAAGCAAAACAAACAAAAAUGUGUCAUACAGGAGACAGAGCAAGAGAGAGAAGGGGGAAAGGACAGUUUCGUUCACAACUUUUGCGUGAAGCGCAACAAAAGGGGGGGAAUAGCAAUGAAGAAGAACCAACAACGUUUAUUAUCACAAACUGUCAAAGUCACCGAUCAUCUGAGAGUACGGGAGGCCAGACGGAUCACUCUACAGACACUGGAGCCUGCCAAGGAUGCUGAGAUGCUGUAAAAAGAAAUAUCAACAGUGAAAUCACUUUUAUUCUCCUCAUUCCCUGAUCAAUUUUCUCCUUCUUUCCCUCCUCGAAUGAGACAGCCUUUGCUUUGGUGUCAGUAGCCACAACAUUUUGAUUGGCUUUGUCAUUUCUUAAAAAAGGAUACUUCGCCUUUUCCGAUUUCUGGCAAACAGUGAUGCAGAUCUCUCCAGCAUACUGGUGUCCCACGAAGAAACUCCACAUGGCCCUUUACCUCACCGCUCCCUUAUAGUCCUUGAUGCUGUUGGCCCACAAUUCUUUGAUUUGGCUAAAAGAUACCAAUUUAACUCACCUGACCUCUUGUCCUUGCCAAGCCUUUCUCUCCCUCUAUCUCUUUUUCUCUUGUGUGGAUGUGUGUGAGUGUCUCAAACGCAUGUCAAGGGGACAGUUCCUGUGUACAUACGCUAAUUAUGCUGUAGAUGAUGUCUUGCAUUGUACAAGAAGAUGAGAGGUGCUUGGGUGUGAAAGCAGGAUGAGGAGGAGAUGAACAAUAGUUUCCCUGGCAGAACAUUGCCAUGACUGGCUAGCAUUCCUUCUUCUUGGAAGCCCUGUUUUGAGAAGCCUUCUCCUGUUCCCCAACUCAGUUUAACUGGAUACCAUUCAGGUGGAACACAUACAUUUCCCCCAAUACUUAAUUUGCCUAGAUCCAAAUAGGACAUCAAACCAGUUAGAAGAUAGGGUGAUAUCAAAGCCUAAUGGGGCUGCUUGGUACUGUGAAUGUUUGGGAGCCAUUGCACUUAGAAUGAAUCUGAUCUCAGAAAAAGACUAAAGCACUCCUGGUGGUUUGUACAGAUUGUCAGUAAGCAUUCCUUAGUGGAAGUGCCCAUUGUCCAGACCCAAUCCAUUUAACAUGGAGCUUCUUGAACAAAGUAAUGGCAAGGUCUGCAGGAAUGACUCAGGAAAGGCCCAGGAGAUACCGGGAACAAAGGAGCUCUGGAGUCAAGACUUUGAAGGUGGCAGAAAUUAAAUAGAAUCCAGGAAGCUCAAUAUAAAGUCCAGGAGACCAGGGUAUCAUCAGGGUAUACUUUUGUGUAAGGGUAGGCUGCAGAGAAAAGGGGAACAAAGGUAAAAUCCCAAAUGGAGUCCACCAUGGUCUGCAGAUGGGCCAUCUCAGGAUGCUGCACCAUAAAUGCCAGGGUUUAGCUGGGUAAAUUUACAGUAUAUAAUAGCUUGGUUGCUCAUAUCUUAGUUCCUGUCUCUUGAUUCUGCUUUACUUUGCUUGCAUGGUGAAUGUGUUUUCUGUGCUUGAACAGUAAUGCACAGGGAUCACUUCUGGCGCAGGAACCUUAGCCUUGAUAGGAUAGCUUUGUAGGACCCAGCUGAAGAAGCAGAUAGAACCAAAGGAGAACACCAUGGUGUGUCCUUGUAUGAAGGAGCUUUCUCCAGUUGUGUUGAGUGGUUCUAAUGUUGCUAUGGCUGGAAUCCACUCUGACCCUGAGGCUACCUAGUUUUCCAAUGGAACAAUACUUUUCAUCCUUUGAUAAAGAGAUGGCAUUUUUUCAGUCUCUGGGCAUCUCACCUUGCAGUACGUAACAGGGAAGAGGAAUUGGAAACCCUCUUAUGAGUAUACUAAAGGAAGUGUAAAGAAUGCACAAGUAUCUCACAAGGUCCAUAAUGUUAACUCUUCUUAGUACAUUUUGCUGUUAGCAGUCUUGUUGAAGAUGAAACCUAAGUAACAUGACAUGAUCAUACCAAGGUGAAAAUGCGGGGAAAGAUAAAUUGUUUUUGAAUAGGUCUCUAAACAGUCUCCAGCUAACUGAAGUGACCUGGUUUAUUACAAAAAAAGUACUUGUGAAUCUAAAUAUAUUAAUUUAACUCCCUUAUGUAAUACUAAAAAUGUUAGAUGGGGCAAGUGUAAUAAAUUGGCAUUACCAACCAAACUGUCCUAAAUGACUGCCUCUGUGUUAAGCUACCAGGCAGAACUUCUCCUGCUAUAGUACUACAGGGAGAAGAGGAGCCAGAUUAAUCCAAUCUGACUUGAUGUCUGUGUCAGUUCCAGAGAUGACUCCGGCUCAAGUGAGGUUUGAAAUGGUUAAAAAAAAGUUAAUGCCAGGAUUUUGCUCCCAACUUGACUAAAUCACAAGUGCAAUCAGAUUGCAUAGCCUCUGCCUCACUUAUUUAAAAGAAAUGGUUCAGAAACUGACACUUGGAUUGGCAUGUCACUAUGUUCCCCUCAAGGAACCGUUGGUACCUCAUCUGAGGAGGAAGAAGAAGAGUCGGAUUUAUAUUCUAGCUUUCUUUCCAGUAAGGAGACUCAAGGUAGCUUACAAGCUCCUUUCCCUUCUCCUCCCCACAACAGACACUUUGUGAAGUAGGUGGGAGUGAGAGAGUUCCAAAGAACUGCGACUAGCCCAAGGUCACCCAGUAGGGAUGUGAGUGUGCAAAGGAUGCUAUGUUCAGUGGCCAUUAAAGAAUAAUCCAAGACUAAACUGACUGGUACUGCAUUGGUGACUUUCAUUCCACUGAACUGCUAAUCAGCAAAACAAAAACAAAGAAAAACCCUUUUCAUCCCUUCCAAAUGUACAGUGGAAAUCUGCAAUUGGAUAGUAAGUGGAAGGUGGGUCAGGUUUUCCUGUAAUGCAUUUCCUGCAUUAGCAAAGGGAAUGGUUUCAUGCCUGGAAAUGCGGAAGCAAAGUGUGAGUGUGUACAUAUGUGCAUUUUUUUCCUUUCAUUCUAACGAGUAUCAUUCCUUUUGCAAAGAGCUCUCUGCAGCUCCACGCCUGCAUACAGCAAGCCAGCUAUCACCUUGAUCAACAUCACUGCAGCUUCCCACUCCUGCUGCUCUGACAAUUUAUUUCUGCUGAAGUUGGCAGUUUUGAACAGACUUGGGCAGUCAAUUAAGCAACUAGCCAGGCUUCUCAGUUUACGAUUGUCUAUUAGACGGCAUUCUGUAGAGGCAGGCAAGCAGAAGCAAAGGGGUGUGAACGACUACGGGGAGGAGUGGAUAAAUAACCCUAGAGGAUGUCACAGAGUGAGUUCUGCUGGAGUGUUAAGGGAUAGGAAGAACUAAAUCUACAAAAUAAUUCCCAUACACAAACACUGCGUGCCUUAAUAACGGCAUAAAAUGUAGUUGAUCUCCCAAGCCUUCAUCUGGGAUCUCAUUCUACUCAAAACAUGUCCAUGGUUAGAUCUUGAGUUCCUGUCAUUUUGUUUUCCUCAUAUAAUUAUAUGGAAGAAUAGUGCAAUCCUAAGCAGAGUUUCACCCUUUUACACCCAUCAACUUAAAGGAUUUAAGAAGGGUGACUGUUUACAACUGCGUUGAAGCUUCAGUUGUUCCUUGAACUUGACACAAAAUAGUCCAGGGUGGAUGACAGUUUCUCUUUGUGCUUUGGGUCUGUCACAAUUUCCAUCCUGUCUAGGUUAGGGCCAGAGUUGAGGUGGGGAAGUAUUGGGGGGGGGAGUAGGCACCAAAUGGGAGACUGUGGAGAUCCUAACCUACUCUCCUAGAUAGUUAAGCGUCUCUGCCUUUUUUUUCCAAGGUGUAUUUCCCAGCUUUUAGGUGCCCCUCAAAAAUGCAGAGUUCAUUUGUAAAGCAAUUAGAAAGAAAUAAUACUGUCAGAUUCUUACCCUUUUUGUGUGAGGGGUACCAUUUAUCAAAAAAUGAGUUGCCAUGACAGAAAAGAUUAAAAGUAGCCCUAUAAAAACCUUCCUUUUCCACUUGCCUUUCUUCCUUAACUUGGUGCACUCAGGAGAGAUGGGAAGCCUUAUCCCUGAUGAGCUCUUCCAUAUGAGUCCAGGACAGUCCUGCCACCACAAAGAGAUAGAUGCCUCCCCUUCCUUUCCUUGAGGGCAUCUAGUUCAUAUCAUUUUGCACCCUAAGAUAAAAUUCCACUUGCAUUUUGGGACGGUGUCUAGAAAUCUGAAGGGGUACCACUUUGAGGAGUGUUGUCUGAAACAUUGCCCAACAAGGCUGAGAGAAUGUAUAUGUGUGUGAGAGGAGAGAAGUGUAUGUGUGUUUGUGUGUGUUAGCUACUGGAAUUUGAUCCCUGGCCCUGAGAUUCCCUGUUGUCAUCCCUAGAAACUAAUUCACAUGAUCAUAUUGGUGAUUGAACAGUUGGUGUGAGAUCACUUUUCCCCUUAGAGCAUUGCAAAGUGACCUUCUGAAUGAGCCCCUAUGCAGUAAAACCAUGUUACCAUUCUUAUUUUUCAGAAUAGGAAACAUGGACUGUAUGUUUAUGAUCAUUUUACCUGACAAAAAACUCAAGGGUGUGUAAAUAGGCUUUCAGGGGAACAGCUCUUUUUUCCUAGUUAUAAAACUCAAAGGCAUAUAAGACCCCUAAGCAUAAGACCACCUAAUAAUGGCAGAGUAGAAUUAUGAAGCUCAAAAACAAUUAGUGCUAGAGAAAGUUGUGGACUCUGUAAAAGAUCCCCAGCCCUUAAUCUUGGGGGAUCCAAGGCCAAUCUCAGGCAGAAUAAGAUGGUAAAUGACCAGGCUAAGUCAACUAUUCCCCCCACCACCCUAAUUCAACGGCAUCAGAGCAUCCCAAAAUGGCAUAGGGAGCCAUUAAUAGAGAGAACUUCCAUCCAAGAAGGGAGAACUGAAAAGCAGCUUAAAACUAGGAGGUUUCCAGGGCUGACUAGCUUCUAUAGAGGUAAACACUAAGUAUAUUGCAGUGAAAGAAUCACUGUUCAAUGACAACUAGAUAGUACAUCAGUACUUCCACCAGAUAUCUGCAUAAAGACUGAAAACCAUAAUGAAUGAAUGUCAUUUAUGUCUGUAUGUGACUUGGUGACCACCAUAAGCCAUACAUCUUCUGUGGGAACAAAGUCAAGCUUCUCCCUUGGUUAUUCUUCUGAGCAUUCAUGCCUCAUGGCUUUGGGCGGAGUCUUUCAGGAUGUCAGCAUCCAUAUCCAGUAGCAUUUCUGAUACGUCAAGAAAGGAACUAAAACUACGUUCAUCUUUUCCCUCUCAUGCAGUCAGUCCCAUAACUAACAUUGUUCUUUGCCAAUGUCAAUUGUACCGUUUAGCAUUGCAGUAAUAGAGUCAUUUUAAAGUGUUGGACUGAAUGCCAUGUUUUGUUACUGUGGGGCUGCUGAUAAACACUGUGCCACUGAGAGCAAUGUGUUUUUUAGAAGAAAGAAAACUCAAAAAAUUAUGUUUUUUAAAGUACACUUGUAAAAUAACAAAAAAAUUUGACAAAAACAGGGUUUUUUCUUAGAGAGAACAAGAUGGGCUGAAGCAGGAAACAGAACAAAAACGUGUCAGGCUUAAUGGUUGUGAAUCAAAUUUCCCCGAUCCUCCACCACUGACUCAUGAUGGGACCUUUGUCAACUCUUUAUUCUAUGCCCAAGCUUCUCUGUAUAAUGGGGAGGUAUACUGAGGCACUUUAAUAUUGCAUGUGAGCUACAUUUUUGUAAAGUUUUUAGCAAAGUUGGUUUACUAAGAGGACUAUGGGUAGUAUUUGGUUUGGACAAAUAAUCAUGUAGUUUUCUGUCACACUCUACAGAGUCUGAUGUUGUCUUUGUGCUUCCUGAGAGGCGUUGAAUGCCCUCAGUUCUCACUGGCUGUUGAAUAUUUUGUUUAUCAUUGAGGCCAGUAAGUCUUAGAGUUCACUUAGGACCUUCUUAAGAUGUCCCUGGGGUCAAAAAGAAUGAGUGACUUUAUGGUAUCCUCUGGGAAAAUUCAUGUGAAGAUGUUUCUUAUAGUAGUUCAACUCUUUCCUCUCAUGCUGUCCUUGUCUUCCCGCUUCCCUUUUCCCCUCACAGCCCUAAAAAGCUUCAGCCUGUCACCGCGCCUGAGUGGUGAUUCAGAACGGGACACCAGUUCCUCGAGACUGUAGGUGUAAUUGUGUUUGAUUGAUGGAAGUUUAACAUUUAGUGUUAUAAAAACAAAAAUACAAAAAAAUUGUAUUUCUUCUACAAGUUUGUAAAUAUAUGAGAGUGACAUGAAAUGUCCAGUAAUGUACAUGCCGAGGAAGAAGCGCUUAAAUCUGAAGAUGACCCCUUACUUGCUAGCAGAUUUAUAACCUUUUUCAAAUGACUUGGGGCUGGAGGGAAGGGAAAGGCAUGCCUCUUAGACAGGGUAACAAGAGGGCAUGGAGAAAGCCUCAUACUUUCAUAAACACAUGAAGCUGCCUUAUACUUGAAUCAGACCAUCAGUCUAUCAGAAUCACUGUGUACUCAAACUGGCAGGAUCUCUGGCAAAGGUCUUUCAUAUCACCUCCUAACUGUUCCUUUUAACUGGAGAUGCCAAGGAUUGAACCCGGCACCUUCUGCAUGCCAAACAGAGGCUCUACCACUGAGCCAUGGCCCCAAUCCAACCUGGGAACACAUGAUCAGUAGGCAUGACUGCAUGGCAUCAUCAUUUGUAUGUGUCUUGCUGUGCAGUAAAUGGUAUGGCUACAUAUGCCCGUAAAUUACUGGGGAGGUAGAUGUGAUAAGUCUCUACGUACCUUAACCACUUGUUUUUCUGCUUUGGGGUCCACAGAUCAGAAGUAGAAGCAUGAUGUGAACAUGUUAUGUGCAUAUUUGAUCCUAUUAAUUACACCAUUUUUGAAAGCCAAGGAUACAGCCCCCCUGACUUCAGUGAAGGUGAAAAGAGUUUGGUCAGCGAUGUUAGUGGAGUUAAGAUUAUUCUUUUCAUUCAGCAUUAACUAAAUAAACAUCAUUGAAAAAAUAAAGAUCAUUUCAAACCCUACAGAUAAUAUUUGAGCUGUACUAGCUGUUUCAAAGGAUUGAUGGACAUUUAAUUACAGGUGAACUACCUUUGCUGUCAGCCGCACCACACCAAAGGAGGCUUCCAUGUAAUUUCUUUACAUCCUCUCAUGGAAAAAGACAGAAAGUAAUUUCUUCUAUACACAUGCAAAUACAACCCACUUCUUUUGUCCAAACUCCUGUGAUCCACAGCUGACAUUUCCUUUCCUCUUGAUAUUACAAGAAACAACCUUAAAAAUGUUCUGUGGAAGUAAAUUUUGGAGGUGCUCAGCAGAGGAUUUACAAGGACUCUUUCUGUUUCCCCCUUGAAGGGAAACCUCUUGUUAUUUCAUUCCUGAGUCAGUUACACCAAAUGUUGAAAGGAAUUUUUCACAAGACCUUCCCAGAAUGGUCAGAAAGGAAGGAAGACAUGGUGAGCUCAGAGUAUACGAUAUUGGUGAAGUAUCUGGCUGUUUAAAAGGCGAGAAAUAACUAUGCAAGACUGUAACCAUUGCAAGUGAAAGAAUUUGAACAGGCUAAUACCCAAGGUGUGUUCAUAUCAAUAAGUACCUUCUAUUCUCAGACCAGAAAAGCUCCCCCUUAUGCAAGGGAGAAAUAUGUACCACGGACAGACUUCAUUUCAUUGUCCAUUUAAAGAUCCAAAUCUACCGGGGACACAGAUUUUUGACUGGAAUGUGGUAUUUCUAAUUAUUCAGUUAUUGCUGUGUAUGUUAAGCUUAGUAAAUUAAUGAAAUUACUGAGAUGCAUUUACCUCUCCACCUUAAGAAUAUUUUAGCCAAUGGAGAGACCAAGUGAGGCCUAGGAAUGACUAGAGUCAGACGAAGGCAAUAUUGUUCACUAAGCACAUCCACUGAACCAGUUUCAUAUACAGUCAAGUUCUAGGCAACACAGAUCUUCUUUCUUAACUUCUCCACUUGAUGCUGAAUAUCAUUGUGUACCAUACUUUAAGUACCACACAAGGUACUUUCACAAGUGACACUGAGAAUGCAUGUGUUCCCCCCCCCCCCCCGAAUUUGAUGAUAUGGUAUGCAUUGCAACUAACAGCCAUGUAAAGAUCAAACACUAGUCCUUGGAAAUAUAGCUGUAAAAAGAAAUGCAUGAAAUUAUUCCAUAUCUAAACAUGCCAAGUUUGGCUCAAUGUGAUUUAAUCAUAGAGAUACAGCAAAUUCAAAAAAGGUAUUUUUUGUGUCUCUUGUGAAAGUAACCAAAGACAUGUGAGAGGCGGGGGCCGGGGGGGGGGGUGUUUAUGAAGAACUGUGUUCUCUACUUUUGGUAGCUUUUGCAAUUCCUUGUACCUCAAUGGAUUAUAUGUGUGUACAUGAAACAUAAUGCUAUACUUGAAGCAUGAUCACCGACCUUUCACAAAAAAAAAAACUGUUUCAAAUGGGAGCGUUUUCCUUCUCUGAAGGCAUCUCAUUUGAACAUCAUUUUGGUCACAUGGAUAUAUAUAUAAAUACACAUGCCCACACACAAAAAGGCAUAAACGCUACCACAAAAUGUUCUACCAACUUCCUAAACUAUCCCUUUUAUACCCCCACUCACCUUUGCCCCUCCCCCACAACACAUACAACCUGACACAUACUUGCUCAACGUGCUUUUAAGACUAAAUGUAUAAUAAAAGUCAUAAGCUUUGUGACUUGUGGUAUGCUCCUGCUAACAAGAAAAGGGUUGUGCAGAUAAAGGGAUGGGGAGAGGACGGUCACAUUGUCUCCCACAGAUCCCUGGCCUUUGGAUUUUCCCAGCUGCAGCCAAAUUUUUCUCCCAGGUCUUUGGGAGGAUAUCCAGUUUCUUCUUGCUGCACUGCUGGGCAGAUAGAAUUCUCCUCAUUAACAGUGUUAUAUACAUAUAAAUAUAUAUAUAUAUCUAUAUCUUUAUAUAUUUUUCCCCAGCACCGUAGACAUGAUCUGAACUUCUCUUUAACGAAAUGAGAACGUGGCCAUUCUAUUUUUUUUCUGUCAGGUUUAUUUUUUUCAAAAACUAGCUCUGUGGAAGAAAAAAUUUAAAAGCGCAGUGUGUGUGUAAAAAAAUGACAAAAGUUUUUUUGUUUCCUUUUUUUCUUUUCUCAAUGUAUUUAACUUCUGUUUUCGUGUCUCUGUUUAUUUACAUCUAUGAAUGCUCUGCUCUUCUGUGGUCUUAAAAAAAACAAAAAUCCACAAAAAACAAAAAUGAAAUAAACAUGAAAAGGAA